GCCCGCGCCCCGCGAACGCGCAUCAAAUCAGCAUCGAUGAAGUUGGUGCGAACAUGGCGGAUUUCCUGCCGACCAGGUCCGUGCUCAAAGUUUUCCUGCCCGUGUGCCUGCUCAACAACGGCGAGGUGGAGCAGCUCCGCCGGUCGAAGGAGAUCGACCGGUGCCUGAACCGGGAGAAGCCGUACGUGAAGCGGCUGGUGAAGAUCCUGCUGCUCGGCGCGGGCGAGAGCGGCAAGUCCACUUUCCUCAAGCAAAUGCGGAUCAUCCACGGGCAGGACUUCGACCAGGGCGCCCGCGAGGACUUCCGAUCCACCAUCUACAGCAACGUUAUCAAAGGUGUCCGUGUGCUGGUGGACGCACGGGAGAAGCUGCACAUCCCGUGGGGCGACCCGGGCAACCAGCCGCACGGGGACAGCCUGAUGGCGUUCGAUACCCGCUCGGCGAUGAUGGCCAGCGGGCAGCUCGAGUCCUCCAUCUUCCUGCGGUACCUGCCGGCCAUCAAAGACCUGUGGGCCGACUCGGGGAUACAGAACGCCUACGACCGCCGCAGGGAGUUUCAGCUGGGUGAGUCUGUGAAGUAUUUCUUGGAUAAUCUGGAUAAGCUGGGCGAGCUGGACUACCUCCCCAGUCAACAGGACAUCCUUCUGGCCCGUAAACCCACCAAAGGCAUCCAUGAGUAUGACUUUGAAAUCAAGAACGUUCCCUUCAAGAUGGUGGACGUGGGCGGGCAGCGCUCGGAGCGGCGGCGCUGGUUCGAGUGUUUCGACUCCGUCACCUCCAUCCUCUUCCUCGUGUCCUCCUCAGAAUACGAUCAGGUGCUGAUGGAGGACAGGCAAACCAAUCGACUGCGUGAAUCCCUCGACAUCUUCGAGACCAUUGUCAACAACCGCGUCUUCAGCAACGUGUCCAUCAUCCUCUUCCUCAACAAGACAGACCUGCUGGAGGAGAAGGUGAAGAGCGUUCCGCUCAAGGAAUACUUUUCCGACUACACCGGGCCGGAGCACAGCCUGCCGGACAUCCAGGCCUUCAUGGUGGACUGCUUCCGCACCAAGAGACGCGACGCCACCCAGAAGCCCCUGUACCACCACUUCACCACAGCCAUCAACACGGAGAACAUCCGGCUGGUGUUCCGCGACGUCAAGGACACCAUCCUCCACGACAACCUCAAACAGCUCAUGCUCCAGUGAGCCUGGUCCGCCUGUGAACGUAGAGGAGCUGAACGGGGACACGACCUCCCCCUCGUUCCUAAAGAGGACGUUAGACAGACCAGCCUCAGAAGAAUCCAGUAGACGUCAGCGUUGUUCUUCAGCCGUUUUUAUAUUAGUUUUUACGCUCCUCUUUUGAAGAGUUGGCCUUGUUCAGGAUUUGGGGGGGGAACGAGUCAGCAGGGCGGACGGUUUGGAUGUUUGAUGACUUCUGAUCUCCGCUGCUUUUCGUUCUGAGACCAUCUCCUCCGGCCUGAGCUCGGCCUCACAGCACAAGACUCCCAGCUCCAGUGCCUGGCUGUGGAAACCAGAGAAACCUUUAACAAACGGGGGGGCCCACAUGGUUCCUUAACCAGAUAAAACCACACAGGAAAUAACCACGGCGAAAUGUGUACUUUUGAUACAACUUGCAAGCGAAGAGUUAAACGGUCCAAAUGUACCAAUAUAAUCUGUGCCAGAGUUGAUUUGCCAGUCUUUGUCCAAGCACUGAAUUCAUCUAGUCUGAAAUCACUCCCUUUGUGUCAGUUGUUCUCUCCAGUGCUGCUGUGUGAACAUUGUUUCUCAGCCCCUGUUGUCCAGACGGGGUUUCUGAUGAUCUGGAGACUGAACAAUUGUCCUUAUUUUUUUCUUUCUUGUUUUAUCAUACGGCAGCACCACUCCUUCCUCUUCCCGUCCCACUUGUGUUUUGUGGCCAGGACGAGGGACCAGCUCGUCGAUGGUGAAAGAGUCGAGAACUGUUAAAGGAUUUUUAAGGAAACUGGCUCCUGGAAAAACCGUUAUAAAAAAAUUAAACAUUCCACUUUGUGUCUCUUACAAGCAAAUAAUUUAGAAUCCUGCGUUUGUGCCUCGUUUCCCUCGUUGACCAGAUAGUUGCGUUGAUAUUUGAGGCUCGAUUCACCCUCAGUUUGCUGAGUCGGGGGUUUGCCAGUGAACCUGGAGUCCACAGUUUUCUCAGGGUUGAUGAGUUAAUGCUGACGUCGUCGUUGGUGAACUAACUGAAUCAUUUAAUCUUAAUCUGGGCGGCGGAGCGGUGCGACUCGGCUGGGCCACAGUACAGCUGUGUGGUGUUUGGUACUGUCCCCGAUCUUUGACCCCAGACACCCCCCCCCACCCACCCCUCUUCUCCUUCCUCUGUCGCUCCCUUCGUUCUCAUCUCUGAUUAGAUGCCACGUAAAGGGAUGGACCUCCCCUGUUUGCCUGAAUGAUGAAUGUGUGUUAAUAGAUGUACAGAGAUUUGCUCUAGAUGGUCAGAAUAUACUGUAAACCAACGUUGCCUGUGGUGAGAUGUAGCCAGUCGUGGGAGAGACUCUCGGCCUCUGGGAUUCGUUUUUUUUUUUUUUUUUUUUUUUUUUUUACAUGCGAUCUUGUGCUGUUUAGGAUUUUUCCCGUUUUAAGACGACAUUUGUAGAAGAAAAUACAGACACGCAAAGAAAGCCACUGGAGCUGAAUAGUUUUGUCAGCGGCUGUUUUCUGUCGGGGGCCAAUCUUUGUUGGAGGACGACUUCCAGGCACUGUUCAAAUCUCUGUUUCUCUGCCAGACCCCACCCCCCCACCAUGCCUUCUUGACUCUGUUCACAUCGACAGACUGUAGUUUUCUCUCCUGCUGGAAGCUUCAGUUUUGCUUCCAGUCCUGGCGUUGUACAUACUGUAAUCUGUUGCCAUGUAAAUAAUAUUCAGGUUUAUCUCCUUUAUAUGUAAAUGGUUGUAGAAAUGGCAUUCUCCCCCCCGCCCCUUCCUCCUUUCUGAAUGUGUUUUCAAAUCACUGCUUUUUUCCAAUGAAGAUUACUUUUUCAUGUAGAUGUAUUUUUGUGUAAUUUUGACAUCGCCCUUUUGAAAUUCAUUCCUGUGUCAGGUCUCAUACCACUUUAACCCUCUCAAUAAAUACACUUUUCUAAUGAAA